AUGGAUCUCUUCAUCAUCCUGGGGAUUGGUCUUUCUUGUUUGAUUCUUUUUUCUCUGUGGAGCAAAUGCUAUGUUAAACAGAAGCUCCCACCUGGCCCAAUUCCUUUCCCAAUUGUUGGAAAUAUCAUACAGUUAAAUUCUAAGAAUAUCAGCACAUCCUUAAGCAUGCUAGCAAAAGAAUAUGGUCCUGUGUUCACUUUGUAUUUUGGAAUGAAGCCCACUGUGGUAUUGCAUGGAUAUGAAGCAGUGAAGGAAGCCCUGAUUGACCGAGCAGAGGAGUUUUCUGGCAGAGGGAGUUUCCCAGUGAUUGACAAAAUCUCUCAAGGAUUAGGUGUUGUUUUCAGCAAUGGAGAUAGAUGGAAGCAAACCCGGCGCUUCUCUCUCAUGGUUUUGAGAAAUAUGGGGAUGGGGAGGAAAACUGUAGAAGAGCAAAUUCAAGAGGAAGCCUUGUGUCUGGUGGAUGCCAUCAAAAAAACCAACGGAUCUCCCUGUGAUCCUAGUUUUCUUUUGGCCUGUGUUCCCUGCAAUGUGAUCUCCUCAAUCAUUUUCCAGAAUCGUUUUGACUAUGAUGAUAAGAAAUUAUACAGCUUGAUUGAAUACUUUCAUGAUAAUAUCAGAAUUUUAAGCACUCAUUGGAUAUUGCUCUACAACACCUUUCCUAUUUUACAUUACCUCCCAGGAAGUCAUAAUGAAUUAUUUAAAAACUUUGCUGGCCAAAAAGAGUUUAUUUUGGAGAAAGUAAAGGAACAUCAAGACUCUCUGGACCCCAAUAACCCUCGGGACUUUAUUGACUAUUUCUUGAUUAGAAUGGAAAAGGAAAAACACAAUAAAAAGUCUGAAUUUACUAUGGAAAAUCUCAUCAUUACCAUAUGGGAUAUGUUCAGUGCCGGAAUAGAUACAACAAGUACCACAAUGAGAUAUGGACUUUUGCUCUUGUUGAAGCAUCCAGAGAUCUCAGCUAGAAUCCAGGAGGAGAUUGAACGUGUGAUUGGCAGAAACCGGAGGCCUUGCAUGCAGGACAGGAGCCGCAUGCCCUACACAGAUGCUGUGGUGCAUGAGAUCCAGAGAUAUGUUGACCUGGUUCCAAUAAAUAUGCCCCAUGAAGUGACUAAGGACAUAUGGUUCAGAGGAUAUUUUAUUCCAAAGGGCACAGACAUAUUAACAUCUCUGUCUUCUGUGCUGUAUGAUGAAAAAGAGUUUCCCAACCCUGAGAAGUUUGACCCCAGCCACUUUCUGGAUAAAAAUGGCAACUUUAAGAAGAGUGACUACUUCAUGCCAUUUUCAGCAGGAAAAAGAGUCUGUGUUGGAGAGGGUCUGGCCCGCAUGGAGCUGUUUUUAGUCCUGACCAACAUUUUACAGAAUUUUACAUUGAAAUCUCUGGUUGAUCCAAAGGAAAUUGAUACCUCCCCCAGUCUGUCUGGUUUUAUCACUGUACCCCCCUCCUUUGAGUUAUCUUUUAUUCCAGUCUGA